AGGGGUUGGAAGUUGGGAGGGCAGUGGCAGCAGAGCGGAUUCCCUCGAUUUUGAAUCUGGUUUCGCUGAACACACUGGUUGGAAAGCAGUGGCCCAGCAAUCCAGUAGCCUUCUAAUACUCUCCCUCAAGCAUCACACAGAAUGCUAGCCGUUUGGGUGAUUUUGCGUGUUGUUGGGAUAUACCUAUCCCGAGGAUCCGAAAUAAUAACUCAACAAUCCUUAAUAAAGAAUAGCUAUGAAUCCUGAAGGAAAAAUACCAGCGGCACAGAAGUUGAAUAGGUAUGGAGAGAUAGAAAAUAUUGAAAUGACUCCGGAAGAUUGGCUUAAUCGCUGGAAAAAGAGACAGAUCGGAUUUCAUGAAAACAAAAUUAAUGAAAAGCUGAACAAACAUUUGACCUCUUUGAUAAAUGGAAGGAAGAAAAUCCGUAUUUUUUUCCCACUCUGUGGAAAGGCAAUAGAUAUGAAAUGGUUAGCUGAUCUGGGGCACACUAUUGUUGGUGUGGAAGUGAGUGAACUGGGAAUAAAAGAGUUCUUUGAAGAACAGGAUUUGUCCUACACACGGGGACCUGUGCCAGAAGUACCAGGUGCUGAAGUGUUUAAAAGUGAUGAUGGAGAAAUCUCUUUGUUUAAGUGCAGCUUGUUUGAUUUCACAAGUUCAAUUGCUGGACAGUUUGAUGGGAUUUGGGACAGAGGUUCUCUGGUGGCUAUCAAUCCUUCUGAUAGACAACGUUAUGCCACAGUACUCAUAUCUCUCAUGGGCAAAGGAUGUCACUAUCUUCUAGAUACACUUGUGUAUGGUGAAAGUAAUUUUAUUGGUACACCACAUUGUGUGCCAGAACACACAAUUCAGGAUUUGUAUGGUCAGACAUGCAAUAUUCAAUUACUGGAAUCAUCUGAUGCCCUGACAGACAAGCAAAGAUCAUGGGGUCUGAAUUCCUUCAUAGAAAAUGUUCAUCUUAUUAUGCUAAAAACGGAUUUUUCCUGAUCAUUGCAGACUAUGUAAAAGUUUAAACCAGAAGAAAAUUGAAUGACUCUAAUUUGAAAAAUUGUGGUCUUUAUUUUGCAUCAUUAUCCAGUAGGGAAUAAGUAAAAUAAUAUUCUUUCACGGACUAUUGGAACUUCUUCUGGGGCCUCCCUUCUCACCUUUAUUCUAGGAAAUCAUUUCUGAACAUAUAACAACAACAAAUUACACUGGAAUAGUGCCUUUCACAUCGGGAGGACAUCCCAAGGCUUUGGACAGUCAAGGAUUUGCACCCAAUAUAAAAUUAUAUGUGAAUGCAUUUGAUAUGUUCUUUGCACUUUAGAGUGGUUAGUUUAAAUAUUUUAAUCAAUUAUAUUCAGACUUUUGCAGUACAUCAUGUAGUUUCCAAAAUAUAUAUAGUUUCCCUGUAUCUUUUCCAAUUAAAACCAAAUUAAAACAAUGGAAGCAAAUGCAGAAAA